GGCGGCGGUGUCGGGAACGCGCACGCAAGGGGCCCAGGCGGGCAGAGGAGGAGGACAGCGCCGGGAAACUGAACUGCGAGGCCUCCCGCCCGGCCCCUGCACCGCCGCCGCCAUGUACCGCUCCAGCAGUGGCCGCUCCGGCCCGCCGCCCUCGUCCCACCGCUCCAAGGAGAGCAGCUCGUCGGGGUCCCGCAGCUCCCGCUCGGGUACCUCGGGGUCCGGGCCGGGCCCAGGCCGCGGCCGCCCCCCCUCCUCAGCUUCGCCGCCUCCCCCGUCCCGCCGCCACCGCUCCCCGUCCGGCCACCGCGCAGCCUCUCGCCGCUCCCCGUCCCCGCGCCGCAGCAAGAGGCUGCCCUCCCCGCCGGGGGGGCCGGGGCCCGGGAGGAGCCGGGGCCGGCGCGGGGGCGAGCAUGGAGACAGCAGCAGUAGCCGGAGACGUUCUCCAAGCCUCCGUUCCGAGUCAUCACUGGAGCAGAGUUUGCGGAUCACUGUUGGUAAUGACCGGUAUUGCAUUGACACACCAGAGCGAAGGAGGCUGCCUGAUCGACUGGGCUCACCAGUUGAUAACCUCAGUGACAUGGACAGGGAUGACAUGGCUGAUGGUCCGAUAUUUACCAGAGGCCUCCCAUGCCCUCGAGGCCUUGAACGAUAUCCCUCUCAUGAAGAUCCGUCUUCCAGUCCCUACAUAAUGAGGCAUGAUGAGGACUACCGCAACAGGGAUGUAUUCCUCCACCGGUCAGACUACAGUCCACACUAUGGUCAUCGUGAAGAACUGCCAAGGGGACCUGACAGGGAUAGUGAUAAACUCAGGAAAUCCUCCUACCCACCAAGACCAGAGGAGAGAGGGCGAGAAGCGAAGCGCCCUCGGUACGACAAGGAUGAGAAGAUGCAUGGCAUGAGUGGGGAUCAUCAUGGUUUCACAUUAGGAACACGGAAUUAUCGCAGACGGAGCCGUGGUCGAAGCCAAAGCCCAUCAUAUCUGGGUGAAGAGUUCCGGGAGCUUGACCGUGCCAGGAGGAAAAGAGAAGAGGAAGAACGGAGCAGAAACUUGAACCAUGAUCUGUCUGGCAGUGGAUACGUGAUCCCUGGCUUGACUAACACUCUGCAGUCUUCUGAGACUCGGUACUUAUACAGACCUGAUGAAGCGCCAUCUAUGCCCAAAAAAUCUAUCCUGAAGAAACGAGUGGAGGUGGAAAUGGAGUCCCCAAUGCAGCUUGAGGGCUUUCCAAGCAGCUCUCCAUCCAGCAAAGAUCUCCCUCUUCUUUCAAGUCAUUCAUCUUUGUCCCAGAGCAGCAGCAGCACUCCUUUUGCCUCUGAAGUGGAGAACUUUCUCAAACGGUUUAACACAGACUCUGUGGAGUCGGCAAACAAGGAGUUGAAUGAUGGUGUAUAUGAAUGGAGUUCACUUCCUGGGCUUCCCAAUGACAACUUUACAUUUGAAAAGAAGUUCGGAAACUUCUUAAGUCACAAGGAGAAGUUGGACCCAAAAUCAGAGCCUGCAGACCGUCAUACUGACUUCCUGCUCCCUCAUGAGAGGGCCAGUCAGGAUGGCAGUGGCUUCUCCCGCAUUCUGGGCAUGAUGGCUGAUUCUGCCAGUGCUCAAGAAAAGAGAAGGCGCAGCUUUCCUGACAUUGAGGAUGAAGAAAAAUUUCUUUAUGGUGAUGAGGAUGAAGACUCAAAAACAGAAUCUUCCUCUGUUCAAAAGCCCCCAGUGAGUUGUGGGAGUGAAGUUACAAACCAGAAAGUCAGUCUCCCUCCUUCUCCAGCUGUAAAACUAGAUUCUCUGGAAGAGUCCAACACAGAAUAUGCAAAGAUUCAUGACUUGCUCAAAACCAUUGGGCUUGACAUUGGGGUGGCUGAAAUUGGCAAACUGGCUGUUCGCACACAGGAACGCCUCCAUGGCAAAAAGCUGGCAUCUCAUUCUCCUGAUCGUCGCUCUUCAGAUGCCCGCCGACUGGAAUCCUGGGAGAUGCGCCGCAGCCGGAGUGACACUCGUUCUCCAGAGUCAAGCCAGCAGCGCUCUGCAUCACCUCCUGGCUCUUUCCAGCCAUCCAAAGAGACAUCCUCUCUCCAGAAAUCAGAAUACUCUCAAAGCAAAGCUGUGGGUCAGGAGAUACCUGCUUGCCCACCAGAACAGUCUGUUCCUUCUGUGUCUCUAAUCCCUUCUGCGCCGCCUGCUCCUGCCAGUUUGCCCCCUGCCUCUGUUUCCCAAUACCAAAUUCCAAACUAUCCACAAUUCACUGCAGCUCAGAUGCCGCAAAACUAUCCAUCUCCCACAAUAGCCCCUCACGGCUAUGAUGCAUAUGGGCACUAUAUGGCUUAUGCAGCCUCUGGCUGGCCCAUGUACCCCCCUCCCCAGCAGCGUAACCCUACACUGCCAGAGGCUCAUGGGCUUCUCACAAUGGCAAUGCCAGCAAAUCCCACACGCCCAAACCUCCGGGUGAUUGAGACAGUUUCUAUGGGCAAAGGUGCCCCGAAUAUCAAGAGAGGUGACUCUGUGCUCAUGCACAUCCCCAUCACCACUACCACUUACUCCAAAAUGCCCCUUCGACUUGCCACACGCCCACUCAAAAGUACCACGGAAAAGAUCUCCGAUGAAAAAAAUCGGGCAGCUCAAAAGCAGAAGGUCAUAGAAGAGAGAGAGAAACUGAAGAAUGACAGAGAAGCAAGGCAGAAGAAGCUCUAUUAUCUGAAGACUGAAUUAGAUAGACUUCGUAAACAACAAGGGGAGAUGCUGCGGAAGAAAAGGCGGGAGAAGGAUGGGCACAAAGACCCUUUAUUAGCAGAGGUGAACCGGCUACAAGAAAACAUUAUGAAGGAGAUUUCUGAGCUGCACAAGGAGUCUGAUGCAGCAGAGAAGAAGCAAUCUGAGCUUGACAAGGUAGCCCAGAUCCUGGGGAUAAACAUUUUUGAAAAACCCCGGAAACCAUCCAUGGAAACUAAAGAAUCCGCCGAAAAAAACAGCAAGUCAGAGAAUGCAAAAGGUCUGGAGAAAACGCCCUUCUCCAAUAAGGAGUCAAAAACAACAAAUGAAAAGUCCAGAGGUAAAAGUCCCAAGCCUGCAGAAUCCUCUUCUCAGUCGUCCAAGCAUCCUUUCCAGUUGGCCAAUAUUUAUGAAUAUUAUGACGCAGGGAACCACUGGUGCAAAGACUGCAAUACCAUCUGCGGGACCAUGUUUGACUUUUUUACACAUAUGCACAAUAAGAAACACAGACAGACCCUGGAUCCUUACAACAGACCUUGGGCUUCGAAGACUCAGAGUGAGACCAAACAAGACUUCGUAAAACGCAUCGAUAAGAUAACGGUUCCCGCCAAAGGCUCUGAGUUUCUGAUUCCCAUCACUGGAUAUUAUUGCCAGCUCUGUCAUGAAUUUUUCGGAGAUCAAAUCUCAGGAGAGCAACAUGUGAAAAGUCAUCCCCACAAUGAGAAAUACAAGAAACAUGUGGAUGAGAAUCCACUCUAUGAAGAGAGGAGAAACCUGGACCGUCAGGCUGGGUUGGCUGUGGUCUUGGAAACAGAGCGCAGGCGACAGAACGAGAUGAAACGGAAACUGGGAGAAAAGCAAAAAGAGGAGAAAGAUGAGAAGAAGGCAAAAGUGGCAAAAAAAGAAGAAACAAAGAGCACUCCAGAGCUGGGAGAAGGGGUUAGUGAAACUGGUAGUACUCAGGCCAAAAUGGAUACUGCUGGGCGGAAACUUGGUAUUAAGCUUAAAUUGAAGAAGGAAGAAAAGAAGGAAGAAAAGAAGGAAGAGAAGAAGGAGGACUCAAAAAAGGAAGAGAAGAAGGAAGAAAAAAAGGAAGAGAAGAAGGAGGACUCGAAAAAGGAAUCGCCAACUCAAUCUUCCUUUGGAAAGUUCAGCUGGAAAAAGAAUGAGCGAGAGGAUAAAAAUCAAGGAGCAGUUGCAGCUCCCCCAAAGGAGGAGAGUGUUGAAGGAAGUAAAGAUAAGGAGGAGGGCAAGUCUCAAUCUGGGAAACCCCAUGCCAAGCCCAUUGAAAUUAAACUCUCUGGGAAGACGGUUAUACCACACACUAGCCCCUGGACGCCAGUCGCUUCCACUUCAACACAAGCAAAAAUUCGACCCAAUCUGCCAGUCCCUACCAUGAUUUUCAGGAAGUCUGCAACUGCAACAGUAAGCAAACCAGCACCUUUGAACACUUUUUUGUCUAUAAAAUCCUCUGGUGCCACCACCAAACCACUACCUGUGGUGAAAGAAUCCAAUGCAGAUGUUCUGCUGCCUCCAGAUAUAAUCUCAAAAGCGUUUGGGGGAGAGGAGGUAAUUUUGAAAGGGGCACAGGAGGAUAUGAAAGUGCCAGAGAAGAAUGAAUCAUCUGAAAAGCCACCUCCCCCUCCACCCUCAAUUCCACCCCAAGCUAAACAGACAGCAGUCAUCCCAGCAGAUGAAGUGGCACCAGGGGUAUCUGAGAGUGACCAGGAAAUGCUGGCAAUGCUGGUGCGCCCCCCUCCACCACCACCUUCUACUGUUUUUAGUGAGCAGGCUAAAAAAAUAGAGAAACGGAACUCUUGUCUGGCCACUGCAAAUGCUAAAGACCUCUAUGAUAUCUUCUACAGUAAUGGUGGAAAGAAUUCAUCUGAUAGCAAACUUGCAAGUUCCCCAGUUCCAAAUGGAGAUAACCUUAACAUAGCAAAAACAGAGAGAAGCACAGACAUGCCAGCAAACUCUAAACCAAGUAACAGUCCAUCUUCCAUGAAAGAAACUUUCCAGAAUAUAGCUGCUUACUCAGAGAUUAGUCAGGUCCACUCAGAUGGGGGGGCCUCAGAACCUGAGAAAGUAGAAGUCCAGGAGACUUCAACACCCUAUACAGAAAAGAGCACUGAAAUCCCAAACAGGGGUCGGGGGGAGGUGAGCUAUGAAUCCCAAAAUGUUCUUGGAUCAGACUUUCAAGCCAAAUCCAGAGAGGAGGAAAUCACACAGUCUAAAGAUCAAGCAGUAAUUGCUUCAGUUCCUUGGGAGACUGAGGUAGAAAUGGAAACUAUUGAUCAGGCAGAAAUUAGUAAGAAAACACCAGACCCUCAGAUGCCAGAAGUGUCAGUCACACAGUCGUCAGAAAUUAAAACUGUCACUCAUGUCCAGAAAGCUAUAGAAAUGAGAGAGAUGGGUAGAACAAGUGGAGAACAAGAGGCCUGCCAGGAAUCCCAAGAUCCACAAAUAAUUGAGGUCCAAGGGAAAACCAGAGAGGAGAAGAGAGACAGUACUGUGGAUACCAAAGCAGAUGUAUCUAAUACUUCUAAAAAAGAUAUAGAGAUGGAAGACUCAGAAUUAACAGGAGCUCAGUUUGAACUUAGUCUCAGACACCCACGGAACCAGUUACCUGAAAGACCCAAUAAAAUCCACAAGGUGGGAGAUCCCAGUUUAACAGAGAAAAAAUUAAGUGAUGACAGCUGUAAAACUAAUACAGAAAUUGACAGCCCAGAGUUGCCAUAUGUUCAGAGUGAAUUGGUUCCUGAACGACUAGACACAUCAGGUAAAGUCAGUGAGGAAAAAGUUUCAGUAGCGAUAGUGAUAGAACAUGAUGCAUCCUUACAAGGUGUAAAACUGGAAAAUGUAGACUUGGAAAGGUCUCAGUCAGCAGUUAUUGAUGAAGCCCUCCAGACUUCAGAGAUCCAAAAUAGGGUUUCAGAAUUGACAGCAAAAUGCCCAAGUGAAUUGGACUCCUCCCAAACUAGUAAUAAAAACGAACAGGUCAUCUUGGUUAGUUCUCAGUCACAAAGUAGUCAGGAACUACCAUAUACUCAAACGGUAGAUAAUCCAGAAAUAAACAAUGGUUCUAAUGAAGUCAACGUCUCUGUCACGUGUCUCACCAAUGUAGAAAUGAAAAAUAGCAUAUUAGUGGUACAAGAAGAGCUCAGGCAUGAACAUUCAAGCUGUGUGACGUUAGACAGCCACCACCAGGAGCAGGGUGUCACAGAGCUAGUCAGCGCCUGCACUGCAAACACUCUUGAACCCAAUUCCAGCUUAGAAUUAAUGUAUGAUGUUGAAAAUAAUACAUUGAGAGGCCCUGAAUCAGAUAUAAAGUUAGGGAAUUUUACUGCAGAAAAAGAUGCAUUAGAAAUAGGAGGUGUUGACUUUUCUAGUGCUCAAUCUGAUAUGGUUCAAGAGCCACUAGAUGCUCUACCAGCAGACUUCAGUAUGGGUCGUCUUGGAGGAGGGACCCUUACCCACACAGAAAUAAACCAAGAGGUCUUAAGUACCUCAGCAGCUAAUGACUUUGACCUUAACACCACUUACUCAGAAUUUAGCUUUGAACAAUCAGAAACUCUCACGCUAAAUUUUAAUAUGGAAAAUGAGAAAGAUUCCUUAAAGCCAGAAGAUGUGAAACCUAGUGACACUCCCAUCCUGAAAGCAGAGUUGGAGUUAGAAAGCAUUGAUUUCAGUUUGGGGGACAUUGAAGUGGAACGUGAACAUCUUGGUAUCCUAACAGCAGGAAUUCUAAAUGAGGAUACUGAAGAUCUCCCCAAAUUAGAAACCAUUGCAUCCAUCGAGCUGGAGCCCAGCAAAACCAGUGAACUGAGCAUUGAGCAGCCAGUGGAUGAACCAGAGAUUAUUGAUUUUGUUGCAUUAACUUCUGGUGAUCAAGAAGACAAAUUUUGCACCCUGAUCUCUGAAUCAGCUGUCCCACACCUUGAGUCACGCUUAUCAAAUAGUGACACUACAGAAGUGGGCAUGCCAGUUCUAGAAAUACAGGGCAUUCCUCCAAUCUCUGAGAUCCUUCUGCAAGUGGAGGAGAGCAAAGAUAGCACAGCAGACAUUUCUGAAAUGCCAUCAUUGAGCUGUGAUGGAGACAGUGUGGAAAACCAGGCUGCUGGAUGCAUUGAAACUGUCCUCCCAGAGCUCAAGGAAACACCUGCAAAGGAGAACAAUGGAUUGUGCAUUGUUCAGAGCAAGACAAAAACUGCUGACAGUAGUUUGGAAGCUAACAAGCUAGCUUCAGUAACUGCUGAAAGCUCAGCAGAGAGCCCAGUGGGUUGAAAUGGACCCAGCCAGUCUCAAUAUUUGAGGAGCCAGUGCUGGGAUUUUGUUAUGUAUAUUCUUUGUUUCAGUUUAAUAUGGGAGUAUUUUGCAUCCUACAGUAGAUACUGACUAAAGCUUACACUUGUUUUACCAAAAACCAGACACACACUUUAUUCUGUACAUACUGGAUUGUGUAAAGUGUUUUUCUUGUGAAAUUUCACCUAUUUCUUUUCUGUACUCUGCCAUUAAAAUGGAAUCUCAUAAUGUGUGAUUUGGUUGUUUUUGUUUUUUUUGUCUUUUAUUCUUUACCAUUUUUGGAUGGUUUCCAGUUCACACGUUUCCAUCAGUAACAUUCCAUGACUAGCCUGUGAGACAAGCUCAAGAAAACCCAUUCAGAACUUAAGGAAACGGACACUCUUGCAGAAGAAUUGAAACUAAAAGUUUAUUUCAAAUGUAAUGCAUGAUUUUGAUUGCUUCCAUUGUUUGAAAUGCAGAAAGUGUGAAUAGAGUUGACUUUGUUUCAUGUCCUGUGGUUUGUAAUUACUGUUGUAUUACACCUGUACUUAAAUGGUCUCAUACUGUAUUGUAUAAACACAUGUGGAUACCACCUCACUAAGCAAGGGAGAAAAUCUGUCAACUCACUUUUGAAGAAGAAGACUAAUCGGUAAGGCUCUGUGGCCUGACACCUGGACCAGACAUUUUGAGGUCACUUACAUGAUUUGAAAUGGCCUUUCUUUCAUUGUAUUGUGAUCCAGUAACUAUUUGUGUUAAAUCAUUUAGCAGCUGCCCUGCUCUGAAGAACCAGAAGAUCUGAACCCUGGUCUCAGGAAUUGGACUCGCUCGGUGUGUCACAGCCGCAUACAUGCCCACCCUGAAUGCUCCCUGAGCCAUUAAACCUGUAGUGUGAUGGUUUUCAUUUGUACAGUUUGUCAAAAAUUAAAGCGUUAAAAUGUUUGCUUGCAUAAAUCUAACAUUUUUUAUUUGUUAAAUCAUUUAAAAUAAACUUAUGGUGAUCAAAAAUA